GCAAAAGAAUUUGCAGAAUACCUACUUAGAAUUGGUAAUGACACAGAACUAACAAUUGAGAAUAAUUUGAUUUGCCUUCCUGACAAAAUUGUUAUUCAUCCACAAAAUGAUAAUGAUUCUAUUACUACUCUGACAAAUGCUGUGUAUUAUAAUCUUUCAGAAAAUGCCACAAAUACCAAAUUUUCUGAAAAACAGCAGAUCUAUCAUAGCUUUGAUUCAGUACCAGAAGACAGUCUAAAUCUCUAUCCUAUAGAAUAUUUUAAUUCACUAACACCACAAGGUCUUUCUCUACACAAAAUUAAAUUGAAGAUUGGGGCACCAAUUAUGUUACUUAGAAAUCUUGACCCAAUAAAUGGACUUUGUAAUAGGACAAGGCUCAUAUGCCGCCAACUAAAUAACCAAGUAAUCAAUGCUGAGAUAGUGAUUGAUGAACAUCAAGGAAAACGUGUAUUUAUUCCAAGAAUUCUAAGUAACAUAAUUGGUGCCCCAAUCUUCAAUUUAAUUUUGUGUAGAGAAAGACCUUGUGGUGUUAGUGAAUUAAAAUAUUCUAUAGGAUAG